UGUUUAAAAUUUUGUUCGAUUGACAUUCUUUUUACAACUCCAUUUUUAUUGCAUUUCAAAAAAAUCUUUCUAAAUGCAAGCGAAUAUUAGUGGACAGAUUCAGCCUUCAUGGCCUAACCCACAGCCUAACUUUUGGCCAAACAAUUUUCAACCAAAUCCUUUUCUAGGAAUUCCCCCUAAUUUUCAACCUAUGCCUAACUUUCCUAUGAUGCCAGUCGAAGAGAAAAAAUCGGAAAGUGAAAAGUCAAAUCAAGAUGAACAAAAGUUAGCAGCCCUUCAAAUCCAAGCUCAACAAUGGCAGCAACAGAAACAAUAUCAAGAAUGGAUAAAUAGCCAAAAUCCUCAAGUUGCACCUAAACCAGAUCCAGAACUCCAAAAAUCAAUCAAAGAAAAGAACGAGGAGUUAAAUCUAGUUUUAAAAGAGGAAACAGAAUUUGACAACCAAUACAAGGAUUGGGAGAAACAGUUUGAUCAAUGGAAAGAACAAAACAAAAACCAUCCUAACAAGGAACAGUUUAAACAAUAUGAGGAGCAAUGGAACACCUGGAAGACUCAAAUGAACGCUAAAAAGCAAGAGAUUAGCACUAAAAAAUCUGCCAUUCAGAUAUCCCUUACUGAACUGAAGACAAAGGAGACUAGUAAUAAUGCCACUACUGUCAAUAAUAUCAACGCCAAUCAACCCUUUCAAUCACCCUUUCCCUCUGCUUCUAAUUCUAUGAUGGGAAUGGGUUUCCCAUUUAACAACUCGUUUCAAUCUGCCCCCAUCAUAUACAACCCAAACCAAAAUGCUCAGAUGAUGUCUCAACAGAAUAACCUAAUGCUUCAGCAACAACAAAAUCAAGCUAUGAUGCAAAUGGCAGGAUUCAAUGUUAAUAUGAUGGGAGCAAACAAUUCCUCAAUGUUCCACCAACAAUCACUAACUUCCAACAACCCAUCUGUCCAACAUCUUCAAUCUGCCCAACAUCCCCAAAACAACUCAUCCACCCAAAUCAGCCCAUCAGCCCAACAUCUUCAAAAUAACCCAUCUGCCCAACUUCAAUUCCAAAACAACUCAUCUUUCAAUCCAUCAUCCUUCAACAAUGCUAACACGUCCCAACAACAAAGCUCUAAUAAUAUGUCAGGCUUACAACCAUCAGCCAGCAAUAUUGGGGGUAAUAUGACAGGUUUUAAUGGAGGAGGCUUUAACCCUAUGGGUGGGGGAUAUACCUACAACCCUAAUAUGACGGCAGCUAUGAUGAAUAACUCUUCAGGAUUCAAUGGGAAGUAUCAACCUAAUCAAGCUGCCUUUAACUCUCCCAAACCACUUUUCUCACCCAAACCCAAACCAUUGUUUCCACCAAAUGAAAAUGUUAAUAGAGGGAGAAAUGAUGGACGAGGCUUUGAUGAUAAUAAAAAUAAUAAUGGUGAAAGGAAAAGAUUUAGUAGAUGGGGUGGCAAUGACAAUAGAUCUGGAGGAUCUAACACUGGAAAACGAAAUACUUCCUCAAAUUAUCAAAGAAAGCCAGACAGGUCUCCUAAUAAAGGUGGCAAUCUUAAUAAAGGUGACUUUGGUAACAAAGGUGACUUUUCUAAAAAAGGGGAUUUCCCUAACAAGGGUGACUUUUCCAACAGAGGAAACUUUUCUAACAAAGGGGAUUUUCCUAACAAAGGUGACUUUCCUAACAAAGGAGAUUUUGCUAACAGAGGUGACUUUCCCAGCAAAGGGGACUUUCCAAACAAAGGGGGUUUUCCUAAAGAUGACUUUCCUAACAAAGGGGGUUUUCCUAAAGAUGACUUUCCUAACAAAGGGGGUUUUCCUAAAGAUGACUUCCCUAACAAAGGGGGUUUUCCUCUAGAUGACUUUCCUAACAAAGGGGACUUUAUUGACAAAGGUGACUUUCCUAACAAAGGAGGUUUGCUUGGAGCUCCGCCAGCCAAUAAGAAACAAGGAUUUGACAUUCCCAAUGAACCCAAUGAUAACGAAGAUGAUCAAAACAGUGGCGAUGAUGGCGAUUUUGUUAAUCCAAACUUCAUUUCAAAUCGUCCGGCCUUUCCUCUCAUGGGUAAUCCUCGUUUCAAUCCUCCUCCAAACGCCAUGUUGGCUAUGCGUAUGAUGUGGAUGCUACGAAUGCGAGGUAUGGGUGCCAUGAAUUUUCGCGGAGGUAGAGCACCUGGGCCUCCUCCCUCCAGGUUCAAUGCAAGGGGAAGCCCAUUUCCCAGUUUCCGGGGUGCUGGUGGAAGGGGAAGGGGAGACUCAGGAUCUAGAUAUGGUGGUAAUAGUGGUGGCGGUAGAGGACGUGGUAAAUGGCGGGGAAAUAAUAGGGAUGGAGGGAGAGAUAGAAGUCGUUCUCCGAAAGAAAAUUCACAACAUGGAGGUUCAAAUUACAAUGAUCAGGGUUCCAAUUCUUGGCAAAAUGAAAACAAUGAUCAGCAAUAUCAGUUCAACAAUGAUUCUUCAUACGAUGAUAAUCAAAAUGAUUCACAAGGCUAUGAUCAUAAUGACUCCAAUGAUAAUUUUGAGUAUCAACAGGGGGCUACUGCUCACGAUGGAAGUUCAGAAAUACGCAGGCGAGACAUGCCUCGUCAUCAUUUCCAAAAUGUGAAUUAUGAUUUCCAUCACAGUGAUUCUCCUAAUUUUCACAGUUAUUCUGAUUACCAAGAACCCAUUGAUCCUCCUAUUGUCAAGAAGAUCCAAUAUAUUUUAGAUUCUCCUAGCAAUAAAGCGCUUAUUAUAAUGAGAGGCUUACCUGGUUCAGGAAAAUCUUAUCUAUCCAAACUUAUAAAAGAUAUAAUCUCGAAAGUGAACAAAGCAGAUAUGCUUCGAAUUUUAUCUUUAGAUGACUAUUUUAUAGAUGAGGAUAAUAAGUAUAAUUUUGAAGCUGAUAUGGAAUCCCAGUAUGUGCAAAGCUUGACCAAAUCCAUCAAAAAACUCAUGGCAUCUGGCACUCAUAAUUUUAUCGUUAUGGAUAGUGUCAACCGAAAAUUGGGAGACCUCGGGGAUUUAUCUCAUUUCGCUUCUCAAUUAGGAUUUCACGUGUACAUAUGUGAACUAGAGGCUGACAUCAAACAAUGUUUCGAGAGGAAUAUACAUUCACGAACGUUUGACGAGAUCAAAAAGUUGGUCAAUUAUUGGGAAACCUGUCCCAAUAAUUAUGUUAGGUUAGACGUGGAUUCGAUCUUGCAUUAUAAAUAUCUAGAUCUCGAUAAGAAUGAAAAUGAUAAAAACUUUUUACAAAAUGAAAGUACCACCAACCUCCUAAAAACGGACGAAAAUACCAUUAAAGCGAUUAAUGAUGACCAUUUUUUCAUUCCAUCUCGAUGGGAUAAUAUGGAAACCAAGGAAACGAAUUUAGACAAGCUCGAUGGUUUGAGAAAAUCAAAAAGGAACGACCACGUAAACAAGAUCAAUUCCAUUGAAGAAUAUUUGCGACUUUCACCUGACACCGAUAAAUCGGAUAUCAAUUCUAAUUCAUGCAAAAAAAGGGUGAGAUGGGCCGAUAUUGAAGAGGCCAAAGAUCAAGCAAAGAAAAGAGCCAUAGGGUUUGUGGUAGGCAAAACUGAUUGGGAAUCAAUGGUAGAAAAUGACCAACCCCACAAAGCUCUCAAUAAAACAAAAUACAUAUGAUGAUUUAUAUUCGCAGAAACAUAUUAAAUUAAAAUUCGCAAAAACGUAUCAAAUGAUGAUCGUGAGUUCAAAUAAUGCUGUAUAUCUGAAACAUCCUAGGCCCACAUGAACUAAAAUUCUUACUUUAAAUGUAUAUAUUAAUAGAUAUAUUUGACGACUCUUUUGUACAUAUAUUUAUAAAAAAUAAAAUUAUAAAAACGAUUA